AUUGACGUCUACUGGGGCAUUAGCGACGUUGCUUUACUGUUGCUCAUCGUUCUGGUGGUAUUCGGGAACGGUGUCGUCAUUAUGGCUGUGCUUAUUGAUAGAAAACUGAAAACGGUAACGACGAACAAAUUUAUAGCCAGUCUGGCUGUCAGCGAUUUACUGGUUGGGAUGGUCGUCAUGCCUCUAUCGCUCUACUACAAGCUUCAUAACGAUGAAUGGACGCUCGGCUAUACUUGGUGUCAGUUCCACCUCGUUUCGGGCGUGUUUUCCACUACCGCCAGUAUCGUACACCUUGUGGCAAUCAGUUUAGACCGGUAUUUCGCCAUUAUGUUCCCAACGGAAUACCAACGGCAUAGCGUUUCGACUUCAACGUUACCGUAUUUGGUGAUGAUUUGGCUUAUGGCUUUAGCAGUCAGUUCGACGUUAUUUAUGGAACAAAAACAGACUUCCACUACUAUCUGUUGGAUCGACAAUCCACAGUACAUUGUGUUAUCUUCAUUUCUUUCGUUCUUCCUACCGGGUGCCAUCGUGGUAUACCUCUAUAUCAAAAUCUUCAAAAAGCUCAGAAAUCAUCAACUGUACAUGUUUGGGCAAUCAACACAUAGGCAAAUAGAAAAACGUCAAUCUCUACCACGGGUUAUUAUUGAAGAGGUACGUUCACGACGUGGCUCGCGGUUAUCACAGUCGGGCUCACAAACUGGUAGUCCAACUAGGCGAUGUAGCGUCUCAAAAGAACGAUCACCUAGUCAGCCCGACAUUCAUUGUAUACCUAAACCUCAACAACGAUGGCGAAGUCCGACUAUUUGUGCCGAAACAUUGGCCCAUGAUCGGAGCGUGGCAGCAAAAAAACGUGUGUCAAUCGUUCCUGAUCCACCAUCGAUGGACAUCAGUGUCAGUCUAUCGUGUGUAGCUCAAAUGCGGGAAGAGCACGAGCAAAAUAAACGUCGUGAGGAAGAGUUACAUGACGAAGAAGAUCCAUUACAAAAGAAAAGUGAAGCUGAGGUUCGGAAACUGAGCGAAGAACGAAAGCGGAAGGUUCUUGAUCGACGACGGCGGAGUACUCAAGAGAAUCCGAAUGGUAUACCGAUAAUGCAGGCAUUCCAAAAGGCUUACCAAGAAGUCCGCUGUGGCCGACGCAGAUCCGUUCAAGAUUUUGAAUUUUCUCUCAAUAAUUGUACACGAACACAUCUGAGCCCAGUUUGCGACAACGAAAGUUCGAUAUCGGAAAAUUCGGCUGUUGAAAGCACACUGACAGAGACAACUAUCAAUUCUUUGAAGGUGACACCGCUUGAGGCAAAGGAUUUCCACGAUGAGCCAGUCGCGGCUGAACCUAUUCAGAAACCGCUGCUCUCGGUGCCAUGCUAUCACAAGCAAAAGAAGCCUCUCCAAUGUAUGCCACCUCCUACCUUUCUUAUGGUACCGGCAAUGAUGUCAAUCAACACCCCGCCUCAAUCACCGAACAUUCGUGAGAACAAUACCAACUGCACAUUAAAGGUCCCGAGCCUCUUUGACUGUCCAUCGCCAUGUUCUGUACCGUCAAACAGCAGCCAUUCGUCCUACACCUCGGCCGACAGCAGUGGUGACACAUUCCGUCGUAUCUCAAUGAACAGCUACGGCAGCAGUCUGACUGACAACACCGAUUCGACAUUUGAAAUCGAUUCAAGGCGUUCAUCCGCAUGGUCUACCAUUCGUAACGCCGUGUUAGAAGUAGGAGGAAGUGGUCGAAAAGCGACUGUGGAUAUCAAUGUCGACGGUUCAAAUGGCACACCCUCAAAGAAAGCGUCCUCUAUCAGUCGUGGGAAGCUCAGGAGGAUUGCUACACAGGUGACUCGAGCGAUCCGACGAAAACGGCGCGAAUCGUUGGCAAUUCGUCGUGAAUCACGGGCUACGCGGGUAGUGGCUGCUAUUCUCAUUGCAUUCCUGAUCUGUUGGAUACCGUACUUCUGUGUCAGUGUGGUUCGAGGUAUCGCUAUGGGAUUUUCGAUGCAUAUUAAUAUUCAUGUACAUCUACAACUCUAUGUGAUGACAUCAUGGCUUGGAUAUACUCAUUCAUGUUUCAAUCCAGUGAUCUACAUGUGCCUAAAUAAGAAUUUCCGGGCGACCAUUCGACGACUCCUUCAUCGUACCCAAAAAUGCGAAUGCCGCUAG